UUCCGGGGGCGGCGCGGGCGGACCUCGGCAUCUCCAACGCCGGGGCGCGGCGAGGAAGGGGAGUCUGACCGCCGGGCGCGUCCCGUGGACGGUGGUGGCGGGAGCCGGACUUAGGGGACCCAGGAGGGGCCGGAGGACGGGCGGGAUGCGUGCGUGAUUCGGACCGGUCCUGGCCGUCUGCCGGGCAGCCCUGAGCUGAGGUAGGAAUGGCGGGAAUGGUGGCAGCUCUCGAGGAAUUUGGCGCAGGGCGGCCCAAGGGAUCAAGGAGGGGGCCACGGGCCAGGGGAGCAGAGAGCUCUGCGUUCCGGGCACCGCCAUCCCGCUUUAGACUUUAAUUUCCCCGACUGUACAAUAGGAGGAAGGGGGAGGCCGAGAGCUCUGCGGCGGGAGAAGAGAGACAGCGAAAAGCAGGACGGGUCUCCCCACCGCCUUACCCCAGGACUGGAGUUGCCCUUGGCCUCUGGGGGAUGAUUAGGCCGCCCCCUUUAGCCAGCUCUCCCUCCCCACCGCGGGCAGCACCCCCGCCCGUUUCCACCCACAGGGCCUGUGCUUCCCUCUGGUUUGGAGCUCAGGCUGCCCUCCCCUGGGCCUCUGCUGUCCAGCUGCCGUGGGUUCCCAGGGUCUGCACCCUCCAGAAGACUCUCCAUGUCACCUCCAUGCCCAGCCAGGGCUGCCCCUGGAUUUCCUGGCCCUGGGGACCUUGAUGGAGAGCCCUUUGGAGCACAGUGGGCCAGGGAGGAUGCUGUGGGGUCAGGGGCUGCCUCAUUAGUUCUGCUGUGGCUGGUCCUGGAGGCCUUGGGUGGGCUAGGAAGGCACUGCCCUGUGGACUGGACCCCCAUCUCAGGGUCUCAGCAGGUCCAUGGCAGGAGCUCCUCACUGUGGCUUGUCCACUGGCAGUGGUGUCAAUACCUCCUUGCUCUGCCCUUGCCCUUUGGGGUCUUCCUGCCUCUCCCGGAUCCUAGUGUCCCUCGGGCCACUGCCCCUCCAUCCCCAUCCCUUUAGUGCAGAUCAGUUUCUGGGCUAAGCCGGCUUUCUUGUUCAUUGCCUCUGGGAGGCUGAGGGCAGCCCAGACACGGCUGGCAGGAGACAGGCUUUGGGGGCUUGCAUGUUGCCGCCCUCAUGUUGGCCUGUGAAGUGCAGGUCCCUGACCACACCCUGGUCCUGCCCCCUAGGAGUCCACAGCCUAAGAGGGCAAUGGCUGGCUUCAAGGGCAACCUAAUGGACUGGAUAUUUUGAUGCCCAAACCUGUGUUCUGGUCUUGACUCACUCGCUGGUCGGCUUUGGACAAGUCACUGCCCCUGCGAAUCCGUCUUCUCAUCUGUAAAACAAGCAGAAUGAUAGAAACAAUGCUUAACAUUCAGGUUUGUGGUGGAGAGUAAAUGAAAGGCGGGCAUUGGCUGGGGGAGAGGGGCAGACCAGAGGACAGGUUGGGGUCUGUGCUUGAGCUGGGGAACCCUGGAGGGAGGCUAUUAGCUUUGUGGGGUCCAGGGACACCACAAGGGAUUGCUGUCAGCAGAGGGACAUGUGGACUAGAGUUGGACUGUCAGCAAGCACUUGGUUUCAGGGCAUCACACCCCACAAAAUUCAGGGUCCAGGUAACCCUGGGCAGUGCCUGUGGUGUAGGACCACAGCCCCUGGCGGCUCUCAGCAGUUACCUGAAAUCCCACAGUAGCUCUUGCUACCAUUUAACCUGCCUCAUUUCUGAGCCACCUUACCCCGGAGGAGCUGCAGUUGCCAUCCCACCGUCUUGUGGGGUGUGUCUUGUCUGCCAAAACUCAAACUGGGCACUGGAAGAUAUGCACACGGGAGAGCCAAGGGAAGGAUGACCAGAUGGACAGCAAAGGCGUGAAGGAUGGGCUGAGAAGGGGUUUUGGUGCCUCAGGAACUCUGAAGUCAAGCAGAGACAAGAUGCCGCGGGAGCCCCUGGAGAGGGCCUGGUUUCUGGAGACUCGGAGUUGGCUGUGAAAAAGCCUUUGGGGAGUCUCCCCCCACCAGCAGGGACGCUCUUGGCUCCUGUGAGGAAGGGGCUCAGGGGCCAGGGCAGGGCCGGCUGCGCUGCAGCUAUGGACCGUGAGCUGGCCCGGCCCGCGUCCUUGCUCACCCUGCCCGCCUGCAGCCAUGCCCCCCACGGAUUCCUGGGUGUACAUCAUGGUGGAGCUGGCCAUCGCUGUGCUGGCUAUCCUGGGCAACGUGCUGGUGUGCUGGGCUGUGUGGCUGAACAGCAACCUGCAGAACGUCACCAACUACUUUGUGGUGUCACUGGCGGUGGCCGACAUCGCUGUGGGGGUCCUUGGCAUCCCCUUUGCCAUCACCAUCAGCAUAGGGUUCUGUGCUGCCUGCCACAGCUGCCUCUUCUUCGCCUGCUUCGUCCUGGUCCUCACGCAGAGCUCCAUCUUCAGCCUCCUGGCCAUCGCCAUUGACCGCUACAUUGCCAUCCGUAUCCCACUCCGGUACAAUGGCUUGGUGACCGGCAUGAGGGCCAAGGGCAUCAUUGCGGUCUGCUGGGUGCUGUCGUUUGCCAUCGGCCUGACGCCCAUGCUGGGCUGGAACAACUGCCGUCAGCAGAGGGAGGGCAAGAACCACUCGAAGGACUGCGGGGAGGGCCAGGUGGCCUGUCUGUUUGAGGAUGUGGUCCCCAUGAACUACAUGGUGUACUACAACUUCUUCGCUUGUGUUCUGCUGCCCCUGCUGCUCAUGCUGGGCGUCUACUUGCGCAUCUUCCUGGCGGCCCGGCGACAGCUGAAGCAGAUGGAGAGCCAUCCUCUGCCAGGCGAGCGGGCUCGGUCCACGCUGCAGAAGGAGGUCCAUGCCGCCAAGUCGCUGGCCAUCAUUGUGGGGCUUUUCGCCCUCUGCUGGCUGCCCCUGCACAUCAUCAACUGCUUCACCUUCUUCUGCCCUGAGUGGGACCAUGCCCCCUCCUGGCUCAUGUACCUGACCAUCAUCCUCUCCCACACCAAUUCCGUUGUGAAUCCCUUCAUCUACGCCUACCGCAUCCGCGAGUUCCGCCAGACCUUCCACAAGAUCAUUCGCAGUCACAUCCUGAGGCAGCAGGAGCCCUUCAAGGCAUGUGGCACCAGUGCCCGUGCCUUGGCAGCUCAGGGCAAUGAUGGAGAGCAGGUCAGCCUCCGCCUCAACGGCCACCCUUCUGGGGUGUGGGCCAACGGCAGCGCCCCCCAUCCUGAGCGGCGGCCCAAUGGCUAUGCCCUGGGGCUGGUGAGUGGAGGGAGUGCCCACAAGUCCCAUGGAGACACGGGCCUCCCAGACGUGGAACUCCUUAGCCACGAGCUCAAGGGGGUGUGCCCAGAGUCCCCUGGCCUUGAGGGCCCCCUGGCCCAGGAUGAAGCAGGAGUGUCCUGAUGACCCAUUGAGUUUGCCCCUUCCUAAGGGAAGGAAAUCUUUCUCUUUCUGGUUGGAGGAACCCGUCACGUUGGGAGAUGAGUGCGUGUGCCAGGAGACUCUUCCUGCGGCCAGUUCCCACUUUGGACUGAGAGGAGGGAGCCCCAGCUGGAGCAGCAUGAGGGCCAGCAGGAAAGGUCUGGAGUCCGAGGAAGUGGAUGUUUCAUGUUGGGAGGUCCUGCACAAGGCCAGGGCCACGGCACCAGAGCAUCUUGGCUGGAGAGGGCCUGGUCCCCCACUCUGGAAGCAUGUAGAAGUGCCACCUUGUCUCUGCAGAGCAGCUGUGGCAGAGCAGACUGGCUGGCCCUAAGGCUGGGAAAGGGCUCUAACAGGCACCCUGCCACACACACACCACCCUCCCCAGACUUUCCGAGGUUCUGGAGCCGCUGUGCACGGAGGUGGGAUUUGACUGUUUUUUCCCCAGGAGAAAAUGUAAGCGUGAGGAAAUCCUUUUUAUUUUGUUAUCUUCCCUCCCUGGCUGCUGGGUCUGUUGUUGGUCCUGCUGCUAACCUGGCACCAGGAGUUGGCCCAGGGAGGCCCAGGCAGUCCUCUCUGGCUGCCAUGAGCUGCCAUACACUUCUCAUCCGUCAGUCCUGAGCCCAUCUCUUGGGGUGACAAAGUUGGGCUUGGGGACAGGGAGUUGUAAUAGAGUGGUGCCAGAGCGUGGGCUCAGGGGAGGAGUUCGGGGCUGGCCAGCAUGGGGUGUGCCUGGGUAGCUCAGAGCUGCCCAUGUAGAGGCCCUAUCUAACUGCCUUUCCUUCUGUAGAGAAUGUUUUUUUCUGAGAUAAAAUAAAAAUGAGCCAUGUUGUGUUUUAUGCUUGUCCA